UCUAAGAUGAAAGCAUAUUCAAAAACAGUUCGUUAAAAUUAUAAUAACAUAAAUACCGAUGAUCCAGGAUCACUAAAUAAUGUACCUACUCAGUAAUAUCGCUUAAGAUAAAAAUACAUUGAAGAUUUUGUUGAAAUUUGAAUAUCCAUAUCUGAAGUCCAUAUCAGUCAAUGGUCCAUACUACAUACUGCACUCACGUGUUUGUGUUUAAAGGUUAGAGUCUGAUCACAAUCAUAUGCAUCUAAUACUAGGAAGUAACAGCUAAAUAUACUAUAAAUAGUAGUUUUACUACAGUAUUUACAAUAUUAAACCAAGAUGUUCCUAUCAAAAUUGGUAUUGUUUCUCGCAGCCACUGUGUGCGUGUCAUCCAACGUGCAGGAUGCUGAUCUGACUCUUACCCUGUUUUAUGAAGGUUUAUGUCCUGGUUGCCAUCAAUUUAUUCUAAAUCAGCUAUACCCUUCAUACGAGAAAUUGGCAGGUAGCUUAAAAUUGGACUUGGUACCCUACGGAUGGAGUCAUUCUCACCGUAGCGCUGACGGAAAAGUAACAUUUACUUGUCAGCACGGUGACGAAGAAUGUUAUAUUAACAGAAUACAUGCAUGUGUUCUUGAUCAAAAUCCAUCCUCAUUAGAUUACGUUACUUUUAUAUAUAAACAUCUGUCUGCUACCGAGGAACGUCGUCGUAACGAACAAGAAGAAUUAGAACUGGCCAAACAAUUGGUGCCAAGCAGCGUUUCCUGGGACAAAGUUAAUGAUUGUUAUCAUGGUGAACGUGGAACUGAACUUUUAUUGUCAUCUGAGGAAAGGCAAUCAAAGCUUAAUCCCGCAUUACCUUGGGUACCAAAUCUAAGAUUUAACGGCGUAUAUGAUAAAGCUAUAGAAGAAGAAGCUACAAUAGAUUUUACAUCUACCGUUUGCAAGUUACUAAAAGAUAAUAAACCAGAUGUGUGUAAAGAUUAUGUAAGAAAUGCUCAUCCAAAGAUGAUUAAAAGUAUUAAAUGUUAAAUGAAAUAUGGGUUCCGUUUAAAUACAUUUUUUCGUAAUGUAUAAAUAAAUAACACUUGUGAAACGA